AUGAUUUUUACCGAGGCUCAUAAUAGUCCAUAUGCUAUGCAUCCCGGUGGGAACAAGAUGUAUCAGGAUCUUCGGGUUGGAGAUAAGGUGUUUAUGAAGGUCUCACCUUGGAAGAAGGUUUUGAGGUUCGAGCAGAAGGGUAAGCUUAGUUCGAGAUUGGAUACUUCCCACGAUGUUCCUGUUGAGGAGAUUGAGGUUCGAUCUGACCUUUUGUAUGAGAAGGAAUCGAUUGUGAUCUUAGACCGUGAGGUCAAGGUGCUGCGCAGUAAGACGGUUCCAUUGGUGAAAUUUUUGUGGCGCAACCACAAGACUGAGAAAGCUACUUGA